AUGUUUAGAGAUUGCAUGGGUACUGCUGCAGAUCAGUCGUUUAGUGGAAUCGUUCGUUCCACGUUUGACACGUGGAAAGUCCUGCGCUAUGCUGCUGCGAAUCACCUCGGAGGAGACGUAACUGAGGCCAAGUUAGAGUGGAUGGUAGAUACGGUAGCUGCCUUCAUUACUUCGCAGACGAACGUCAGCGAAUCGCAGGUGGAAGCAUAUAUCGAGGAGAUUUUGGACAACGAGUUUGACUUGCUGGUUGAAGACGGCAGUGGAGCAGUGGUCGCCCGUUGUCUAUGUCAGUGUUUCGAAUGUUGGCGAGCUGGAGACCAGUCAGGAAUCGAAACGAUUUUCAGUCAGUUGAGGAAGGCGAAUGGGUAUGCUGACGAAUCCCAUGCUCAGACUUUAGAUCAAGAACGGUGCGAUACCUCCGCAAGUAGCGAUGCUGCUUCUGGUGAUGAUGAUGAGGAACAACAUAUGGACAUGGACAGCAGCCAUCAAGAUUCUUCGUCCUCAUCGCAACAGAAACAUUCUGAAAUGCCCCCUGCAGCUGAUGACGAAUGGACAGUGGCAAUGAACGAAGAAACGUGCAUCAGCGAACAACCAAGUACUUCUGAGAAUUCUGUUGAGCUGCUUACAAAAGACCGACAGCUUAUUUCCAUGCUGCGAACCACCAGUCCGGUUUCAAACGUCUCUCAAGAUAUUUCCGGCGUUGAUUUCCAUAUUUCAUAUUUUGAAACUUUUCUGACCCGACAAGUAGCUGACCAACUUUUCCAGUACUGCGAAACCUCGCUAAAGUACUAUGACGGUGACCUGACGAUGGUAAAGGUGUUUAACCGCUGGCAUCGAAUUCCUCGCAAGCAAGUCGCAUUCGGCGACAUCGGUUACACCUACCAUUUCUCAGGCAACACUAUUCCGGCCAACCCGUGGAAUGACGUGCUAGACUCGCUGCGACAACUCGUUUCGGAUGCUGUUAAGUGUCCGUUCAACUUCGUGCUCGUUAACAGGUAA